AUGCUUAGGCCAAUUCAUCAAGCACCGACAAGCUCGAGCUUUUUGCGCUUUUUUGCCACUCAGAGCAGAAUGACUGGCACACUCCCGAGGGCUGUAAUCAAGCCACGCCACAAGCCAACUGCAGAGUGGGACGACGGCGAAUACGGAUCGUGGGGAUGUAUUGUUAUGGAAAACAAGCAGGUUGACGCAUCUCGAUAUUUAGAGAGUGGGCAUCCCAUCAAGUAUAACUACCGCAACUCCUCCAGCACGAUGGACACCACUUCGUGGGGUCUCCCAACAGCGGCGUACCCUGCUCCAGGGUGUAAAAGUAUUUCCCACCGCAGAAGUUGGUGUUGUGGCGACGCUUGGUGA